AAAGGGGGAGGGAUGUGGCUGUGACUAUCAUGAAGUGACCCUGCACUUGUGAAUUUGCCACUCCACUACUGCUGCCCCCCUGGCACUUCUCAGCAUAACAAUCUGUCAACCGAAACUCAGAUGUAAUGCAAAAAAGCUGUCCAGGCGCAGAGCUGGCCAGGAAGAGGGGAGGCGAGGAGGUGGAAGGGGCCGCACCGAGGACGCACGCAGCCAGCCCGGCGGCCCGCAGAAGACGCUCCCGCGGCCCCCUCUCCAGAUCCCCUAGAGAACCGUACACAUCCAACCACCGACAUGGCUGUCCCAAUGAGCAUCUGCCUGUUGGUUAUCCUGAUGACACCCUUGUGCGCCUCGAGGUCUAUUCAGAAACCAGCACUGGAAGACAAUGGUGGCAGCGGGGACAGUGCGGGUGCCUCCUCCAUCCCGCCCCCUGCAAGAGUGACGUCAGGUGUGAAGCCCACCUCAGGUGACCUCAUCGUGAGCUCAGUGAACGGCACGUCGACGUCCUUCAACAUAUUGGACGGGAUUGUGGACUUCUUCCAAAAAUACAUGCUCUUGAUCAUUGUGGUCGGUUCCUUAGUCUUCAUCUUCCUUUUCGUUGUGUGUGCUGCCGUCAUCGUCCGCCAGAAGCACAAGGCCUCGGCCUACUACCCGUCAUCCUUUCCGAAGAAGAAGUACGUGGACCAGAACGACAAGGCAGGAGGGGCCAAGGCCUUCAGCGAAGUGCCGGAGAAACCUGCUGACACCAACCAAGAAGAACCUGUCGACUCCACCAAACAGCUGCAGGCGGACAUUUUAGCUGCUGCACAGAACCUCAAAUCCCCGGCCAAGGCCAUCACGGCAAAUGGGGAGAGUGGCAAAUUAGAGGACAUGACAGCCAAAGGGAAGGAGGAAGGGACAAAAGCGGUGGAUGAGGCUGAAACAGAAGAGAAAGCCGCUCCGAAAGAACAGGGCAGCCCACAGGAGGAAGCUGAGCCGCACACAGAGACGUUCGCUCCGCAGAACUUGGUAGAUGCAGAGACCAACGGUGAAGUUGCUCCACCUGCUCUGGAAGACCAGGAGAUGGAGGAAGCCAGCCUACCUUCUCCAGAAGAGCCCAAAGAGUCACCAGGCACGGAUAAUUCCCCCAAACCAAUCUCGGAAAGUGAGCUGGAAGAGCCGGGUGCCCCAUCACCUGACAGCACUUGCACCUCAGGAGACUAGAAUCAGAAGAGCCCCUGGCUCCACUUGGCCUUGUGCUGAAAAGUUUAUAAUAUCAAACCUGUGAUGGACUUAUUUUUUACCAAGCGGGCAACCGAAGGUGCUUCAGCCAGUAUAUAUGACAAGUUGCCUACCCACCUCUAGUAGAAAGAAACCCCCUUAGAAGUAGCAUGUUGUGGUUUUGUCUUAAGAGACUGCUCAUGUAAUGAUUUAGCCACUGACUGUCCUCUACCACAAAUACAAGGUUUUAUUUAGUAGGUGAGAAGGAUUGAAGGGGAUCCAGUAUUGAGCUCUGGCUGAAGUCCACAUGUAGAGCUGAAGCCUCUAUUGUGUUUAAACAGAUUUCGAAAUGGUUUCUAGUGGAUAUAUGCGGUCGAGCCUGUGGUUCAGACCUGGCUCUGGAUGAACUUCUUUGGCCGUUUUCAUCCCCAAUCAUAGUAGCAGACCUGAUUGUGCCAUUUCCAGAUGACCACAUGGCUGUGUACAGAUGUACAUAGUUUUAGAGGUGAACCUGCUCUGGAAAUGCUCUCAUUGCAGCUUGAGGGCAAAUUCCAUAUUCUCCCCUGGAUCAAAACCCAUUCAGAUUUUCUGCAGGAGCUGGAUUUGCAAUGCAGAUUGGCCGGUCUUUGUGUCAGUCAUGAAGCCACCUUCCUCUGUUGGAGCAAGGCUGUGCACCAUGCUGACUGGCUGUCCUUUGGGUCAAUUAUCAAGCCACCUUGCCUGCCUUUUUUGGGAGUGGGGCUAGGCACAGCACAGAUUGGUCAGCCCUUGUGUCAGUCACAAAGCCUCCUCUUUCUUACACAGGGAAUUUUUUCAAGUGCCAAACAAAUGUUUGAGAGAACCAUGUGUGAUGCUUUAAAAAGUGCAUUUAGUUUGAUGCUAAGUGUGUGUGCCCUUUGAAAAGCAAAGAUGUGUGGGGAUGGGGAUGGGGUGUGUGUGAGUGUGGAAGGCAGCAGAGCUCACAGCAGAAAAUCCUGUCCAGCAUGUCUAUAUGUGGCCUUACAAUCUUUGUUGGAGGUCCGGAUCAAAUGAUUUCAUCUUCCUUCUGAAGCUAGAUUUGUUUACUUCUGGAUCAGUCCUGAAAUUUUGGACAUUGACCACAGGAAGCAUUGCAGCUCUGUUCCUCUGAUCUUGCCUUAAUAUUUCUGCUUGAUGUUCAGCUUUAAAUAUAACCUUCUACACACACACACAUAACACACAAAAUUCACUUGAUCCUCAGAUAGACUUGAUAAUGGAUCCCACUGCAAACACCAGCUAGCCAAGUCUCCAUCUCCCUGAAGGAGAGUAGGUGAGUUUUGGGGGGUAUCUUUUGGUCUAGCUGCUGACAGAUACCAACGUUGACUCCUCAGAUGCCUCAGCUUCAGUGCUCAAACAAUCAGGAGCCAUUUUAGUGCUCAAACAAUCACACAGAGGAUCCACACUAGGGAGGAUGUGCUUGAAACUGGGAUGUGUUUGCUUGAUUGACUGGCACACUUCAAGUUUUAUGAACGUCCAGACAUGUAUAUGAUCACACAAAUGGAUGGGUGGGGAGGACCUCAAGGGCAAUCAUGAGUGAAAGAAGCAUACCAGAACUGGCCUUUUAUAUAGCUUGAAUCCUGAAGUAUUUUUUAAAAUCAACAACAGAUUUUCAUCCAUCAAGAGAAUUUUGAAUUUAUAAACUCUGUGGAAAUAACAACACAUAUUUGUGACACUUAACAUCUUUCUAAAAUGUUGAUAAUGUUAGUUGGAUAGUUUUACUCUCUUUAUCAGCUCUGAUGGGGAAGGUAAGUUUUUUUUUAAAAAAAACUCAUUUUUAUACUUUUGUGAAGGACUUUUGAGUGGCCUUGUUAUUUCCCGAUGGGAUUCUGGGACAUUUUCUUCUCUGGCCCAGUCGGGAAAGAGAGGAAUACAUUUAAUAAGCACUACAGCUGGACCAAGUAAUUCUUAUCUUUAUAUAUGACAAGCCUUGAAGGAUUUGGGGAAGGGGUGUGGGGUUUGGAAAAGCCCUCCCACUGUUGUGCCUGGCUUCUUUCAAAGGUUCUGCUAAUAUUUUUGACUGUGGCCGUUCCUAGAACAUGAUUCUUCCAGGGAGAGAUCAUGACAGAUGAUGAAGCGCUCUCUGCAGCCUGAUUGGGCAACCAAAAAUGUUGAUUGCCAUCUCCUCGUUAAGGACCGGCCUGACAUGAAUCAAUUGCGGCUGGUGGCCCUCGUUUUCCUGCAGUUGCUAUGCAUCUCCUGUGCUGUGCAGACAGGGUGACUGCUUACUCAUCACCAAACAAGAAGGGACCGAUUUGCCUAAUAUUUGCGAAUGCUAAUGCCUGUGCAUAGAGACAAAUGGGGAAAGAAUUCCUAUCAUUUAAGCAGAAAUACAGUCCCUCUCACCAUAGACUGUGGCCUGGCAACCUGUGUGCUUGCACAGACUGCUUCUCAGGUGCAUUUAACUAUGGAUGGGCAACUUGAAGGCCUCCACUGUUCUCCUUCCUUUGGGUUCUUCCCCUUGAAGCUGGAUUUGGACUGUGCAGACCUUUAAAUAAAGGACUGACUUUGCAGCCUUUCCCAACCAGUGUGCCUCCAGAUGUUGUUGGAUCACAACUCCCAUCAGCCUCAGCCAGCAUUGCCAAUGGUCAGGAAAGAUGGGAUUUGUGGUCCAACAACAUCUGGAGGCACACUGGUUGGGAAAGGCUGGCCCUCUAGAAUAUAAGACAAAUGGCCACCCUACAAACAGGGCUGGCGCCAGCACCUUACAACCUUGGGCAGUUGCCAGGGCCCCAGCAGGGCCCAUUAGUGAGGUCUGCCCUGGGUCCCCCUUUUUAAUUUUAUUUCUGGCUCUGAGCAGUGCUGGCUGGCUGGGUCUACCCCCUGCUUAAAUUAUGCACGAUACCCUUGGUGGUUAGUGUGUUGCUCCACAGCAUUGUGAGGAGUCAAAAGCCUGCUAUUCCUUGCUGCUGCUUCCAGGUAAGCCUAGCAGGGCCCAUUGAUGGACCCACCAACCCAGGUAGUCUUCCCUGCCAAGGGCACUUUGCUCAAACCUCCUUGGACUUGAAGCCAGCCCUGAUGGCAAGCCUUUCUUGUUCAGUGAGCAUCGUAGAUUAGGUUGCCUUCAUGCAAAAUGCGUCCAGGGUCCCCUUGUGUGGUCACUGGGGAAAACAACGCGAAGCAAACACAUGUGAGGGGCCCUAGGUCAUUGGUUGGUAGAAACCAUGACUGGUUCAGACUCCAGGGCUAUAGGGCCCCCAACCUGGAAACCCAUGGCUUAAGCUCUGGGGCCUAGCCUGGGAGGAGAUUUUAUCUGGAAGCACUCUUAAGUAGCCAUUUGCCUUGGUGGAAAAAAUGGUCACAAGGUAACGUUCCCAUUCAGUUGCCCAGUGACACCUGGUGCCUCCAUGUCAAUGGGCAAAUGGAGUCAGCUCGGGGUUUCAGUCUGAACUUUCAAGGAGCUGUCCAAGGCUCAGCACCUUGGAUAGCUCUCUGGAAGUUCAGACUAACACCCAGAACGGAUUCCAUUGCCCCCCUGACAUGGACCCACCAGCCGCUGCUGCAAUUGUCAUAUGAUAAUAAUGAUGUCUUCUGAACCCCCCUGCCCCCAUAUUUAGAACCAUGUAGAAAAGAAUGGGGCUACUACUGCAUGAGUUUAGGGCCCUUUUAUGAGACCACUUUAGUAUGUUCAUCUGGAAGAGGAAUGCAGACCAGGCCAUGGAUUGCUAAGAAGAACGGCCACCAGCAAAGCCACUCUUGGACCCUUUCAUGGAAAAUGUGGGUAGGCUUCAUGAAACCUUAUUCUGCCCCUGGGCAACCACAACAGAAUGCCUGAAACCAUUGCAAUCCUGUCCAGAGUCAUAGCAGCUGCCUGAAGACAGACCGAGAAACAAAGCAAAACGAUUAUCUCUGCAAUUUUAUGUACUGAAAUCUCAUCAAUUACUUGAAAACUG